AUGACUUCACUUUCAACUAAAGAGUUGCCUACAAUGGCAUAUCCAAAGACCUUUCUGUCCAUUGUGGCUUCAGUGGGAGCCCUUGCCUUGUUUUUAGUUCUAGGUUCGACCAUCUUGGUCUCACAGCCUAUUGGGUCCACAGUUGGGGGAUAUUUUUAUGGCGUCGAUAACUUGAGAAAGAUUGAUUCAGUGUCCAUUCUUAACAAUUCAGUUUCUGAUUCCAAUCAAAACGUCAAUGUGGUUGAAGAAAGAAGGAAAUCAAAUCCAGCAGUUUUGGAGGGUCAUGGGAUUGAAGUUAGUUCUCAGCAUGGGGAUAAUGGAUCUGCAGUUAAUAGUGAAGGUGAUGGCAAGGGAAUUUCGGUCGCAAAAUCCCAGCUCCCUCGAUCUCAAGAUAAGGACGACUCGUCAGAUUUAAAACAAGUAGAAGUGACGAAUUUGAAGGAUAAACAACCACGCUCUAAUGUAACACGAGAAGAAAAGGGAAAUAAAAAUUUGGAGGACGAACCACCACAUACUGUAACACAAGAAGAGAAGGGCAAUAAAAGUUCAUCUUUAUCUGAUAACAACAAGGGUCAUGAAAAUGCACCAUUUUCAUCCAAUAAUAGUCGGGCAGAACCGAAGAAGGCUGUGACAUCUUCUACUCCUGCUACCAUCAAGAGUCAAGAGAACCUUGUUGAUUCAGGAUGUGACCUUUACGAUGGAAAAUGGAUUUUUGACUCAACUGGACCAUUAUACACGAAUAAUUCUUGCCCUGUGCUCACUCAGAUGCAGAAUUGCCAGGGAAAUGGGAGGCCUGACAAAGAUUAUGAGAAUUGGAGAUGGAAACCGUUGCAGUGUGACCUCCCUAGGUUUGACGCAAAGAUGUUCUUGGAGAUAAUGAGAGGAAAGACACUAGCUUUCAUUGGCGAUUCAGUUGCUCGAAAUCAGAUGGAAUCAAUGCUAUGUAUCCUUUGGCAGGUUGAGGUUCCAAAAAACAGAGGGAAUAAAAGAAUGCAACGCUAUUAUUUUACGUCUACAUCGACUACGAUUGUUCGCAUAUGGUCUUCUUGGCUUGUCCAUCAAACACCAGAACCAUUUGACUUUGCUCCAUCUGGUGUGGUCAAGCUCCACCUUGACAAACCUGAUGAGGGCUUCAUGGAACUUGUUACAGAUUUCGAUGUGAUCGUCUUUUCCUCUGGCCACUGGUUUGCCAAGCAGUCAGUUUAUAUAUUGAACAAUGAAAUUCUGGGAGGACAAUUGUGGUGGCCCGACAAAACUAGGCAAAAGAAGAUUGACAAUGUUGAAGCAUUUGGAAUAUCUGUCGAAACAAUUCUUACUUCCAUGGUCACACAUCCAAAUUACACUGGUCUAACAAUUGUCCGUAGCUUUUCACCAGAUCAUUAUGAGGGUGGAGCCUGGAAUACCGGAGGAUCAUGCACUGGAAAGGUGAGGCCAGCCUUGGAUAGUGAAUUAGUUGAAAAUGGCUUUACCAAUAUAAUGCAUGAAAAGCAGGUGACGGGGUUUAACCGUGCAAUGAAGAAAAAGGCGAACAAAUCGAAACUGAAACUAAUGGAUAUUACAAAAGCCUUUUCUUAUCGCCUUGAUGGGCAUCCGGGUCCAUAUCGAAGCACGGAUCCAAAUAAGAUCACCAAAAGAGGCCCAGAUGGUAGGCCUCCGCCACAGGAUUGCCUGCAUUGGUGCAUGCCAGGUCCAGUUGAUACAUGGAACGAGCUGGUGUUUGAAAUUAUAAAACAAGAAUUUGAGAACAAACAGAGUAUUCCUUCGUAA